AUGCCACAUAUCCAUUUAUGGAAUUUCUGGAAUUAUUUAGAAACCUUGUUGAGGGCGAGCAAACUUUCAAAACAGUUAUACGAUACGUUCCUAAUUCCUUACAAAGACUGCGGACAAAUAUUUCUUCAAAAAAAUGGGAAACUGAUAAGUUUAGACAUAACUGUAGACGGAACAAAUUCCGAAAAGUUUGAAGUUUCUCGAGGAGCAAAUACAAUUUCUUUUUCUACAUCAGAAGCAGUUGGCGAGAUGGAUAGCAAUGUUAGAGACAAAAUCUCAUCGAAUUCCAAUCCUCAAUGUCUCAUUCGGGAUGACACUAAUAGGCUCCACAAAGAUCAAACCAGAAAAGUUGAAGCUUUGACAGAACAACGACCUUUUGAAUCACCAUCUCCUCCCAUUAGACGAGAAAGGGAAUCUGAUCCUGGAAAAGGAGCCCUGAAAGACAUUCCCUCACUUCUUAAUCUAUUAAAAAGUAAUACUCGUUUUAAAGAAAUAAGCAGUGAUAAAGUCUUGUAUGAUCGUGAAAUUACAGAUUUCAUUGAAGUUUAUGGUAUUUCUAAUAAAGUCUACUUCUUUCUCGUAAGUACUGAUGGCGACAUCUUUUGGUUAGAAGACACUGCUGAUGCUAUCUAUAUAUGGUCUUGUAUAGAAAGUAGCAUGCAGUAUGUAGGACCAAACUUAAGAGAAGCUUUGAUAAACUAUCUUUUCCACCAGGAUAAUAUUUGUUAUAUCAUUGAAGAAACUCACGAAAUUAUAACAAAGCAACAACUCGAUCAAGAAAUUCGUGAAAGGGCAAAUUCAAUCGAG